AUGGCAGACGCUUCUUGUAGCGGCCCGUCGCCAUUCAAGCGCCUGGUAGACCACCAGUCCCGAGAUGUCAGCCAUCACCAGGAUCGCCUGGUUGACCGAUCUGCUGGCCAGCCUCAGGGCUCCUUCCGAUCUGCUCGUCACCAACCCCCCGGGCAAGACAGCUUCGGCACCUUCAUGGACGCAACGCCAUCCACCCUCGCAGGCUUGUCUCGCGACCCGGCAAAUCGCUUAGCCGUCCAUGCAGCCGCUCUUCAACAACCUGUCGCGCCCAUGCAUCCCCGGGCGGUAUCCCAACAAGCCAGCGCAUCACCUGUGCCUGAUGUCAGCAACUGGGCGGCAGACUUCAGCCGCUUCUCCGGUCAGCAGCUGCAACAUCCUACCACAGUCGCUCCUUCACCGUCUGUACAAGUGAAUCAACAGCCGACGCAAAUGAAUUUCCAGUCCGCCUUCGGCCAAGCAUUCGGGGGUCCCAGGUACGCGCCCGGCGCAGCAUCUUUCGUGGGAUAUCCACACCCCGUCGAAGCUGAUUUCGGCAAAGAAAUGUCCCAAUGGAUGUCGAACCAUGGCGCCGGUGGUAACAUGUCCAAGGUGGACGCUGCAAUGGAGCAAAUGGCUCGCGAGCUUGAAAUCAACGGGGCGUCUCUCCCUGCCCAGGCAGCAUCUACGACUACCCAGAACAUCCAGCAGGCAGAAUCAAGCUCGCGCUACACUGAUCUCGAGACUCCCGAAAUCAGCAGUCUAUCCCUUCAGGAGCCAGAGUCGGACCAGCUCCCCGCCGCUGAGGUCGAACAAGUCAUCCACGACGAGGCCGCGGCAAAAGGGAAAUCUGCCGUCUCUGAAGCGGCGGAGCGCCUCCUCGAAUCAGUGCAGCACGAAAACGGCGAAAAGUGGCAAAACUCGGUAUUUUUAUCUCUCAUGCGGGACUUCCGAGAUGGCCGGAAAGACAUCGUCGAUAACGAGAUCCGCGCCAUGCAGGAUGAAGAGCAACCGUCGGACCAUCAGCAGCCAACGACAUGA